GGUGCACGUGCAGGGAUCAGAAGCCGGUUGGUGGGUGAGAGGUUUUCUCGCUCUAGGGAGAUUCUUCAAGCAAUCACUAUGUCGACAGACACAGGUGUUUCCCUUCCUUCAUAUGAGGAAGAUCAGGGAUCCAAACGUAUUCGAAAAGCUAAAGAGGCACCAUUCAUACCCGUUGGAAUAGCAGGUUUUGCAGCAACUGUUGCAUAUGGAUUAUACAAACUGAAGAGCAGGGGAAAUACUAAAAUGUCCAUUCAUCUGAUCCACAUGCGUGUGGCAGCCCAAGGCUUUGUUGUAGGAGCAAUAACUGUUGGUAUGGGCUAUUCCAUGUAUCGGGCAUUCUGGGCAAAACCUAAGCCUUAGAAGAAGAGAUGCUGUCUUGGUCUUGUUGGAGGAGCUUGCUUUAGUUAGACGUCUCAUUAUUGAAGUUACCUAUUAUUGUUGGAAAUAAACUAAUUUGUAUGGGUUUAGAUGGUAA